AUUUAAACGAGUUUGAAUCAGAUUAUGUAAAUGAGAAUCAACUAGAAUCAAUUAAAGGCUCUCAUGAUUUAGCUAUAGAAGAUUCUCACGAUUCAACUAUAGAAGACUCUUACGAUUCAACUAUUGAAGUACAACAAGAUUUGCAAGAUUCAAUUGAGAUGCCAUACUUACAAGAUUCGAAUAUUAAUGGGCAAAGUUUACAAGAUUCUACACAAAAAGGUGAUUUGAAUUCUAAAGUUUUCAAGCCAUUUAAGAUUCCUACAAAUGAUCCUGAAAAAAUAAAACUGUACAAGCAUCGCCCACGAAUGCCAUUAAGAGAAGCCACAAAUAAUAUUAUACUUCAACUUCCUGAAACUGACAAACCGCUUAAUAUUACUAUGAAUCUUUCAAUUAAUAAUUAG